ACGAUAAUUUAGAAAACAUGACCUGGAUAUCAGCACAGUCCGUCAGUCAGAAUUUCAGCGCACUAGGUAGGAUGCGCACGCACCCAGUCCUCGUCCUCAGCUCAUCAACCGUCGACCCACGCAUUAAUAGUUCUUGCCCGGCGCCAGACUGCUCGUCCGGCGUGAAUUGCGGUACUCCUGUCGGUCGCCCAACAAUCCGUCGCUCUUGCCCUGCAUCUCCAGGCACUCGAGGGGCACCAUCCCCUGCUCGCCGCGGGGGUUCGUGCAGAGCGCCCACCCAUCGUCGUAUUCUGCGACGACGCGCAGCGUUUGGCCAGCGGUGAUGGACAGCUCGUCGGGCAGGGACGGAAUGAAUUCGUAGCGGACCGUGGCGCUGUCUUUGCCCGCGGACGCUAGGGCCCCCGCAGCCAUCGCAGACGGGGCGACAGGGUUGUUGUACGACGCCACAAGCGGGGCCGGCAUGGACGGCGCGGGCGCAGGCGUGAACGAGAUGCCCGGCGUCGCCUCAGCCAUGGGGGGUCUGUUCAUAUUCCCGCUCCCGUUCCCGUUGCCAUACGCAGCGUACCCCUCCGUCGCCCGGGGUGCCCCCCAGUUGUCGGCAGGGCGCGGCUGCGCCCACGCGGCCGUCGCACGUCGCAUCUCACGCUGCCGCAUCGCGCGGUUGCGCUGGAAGAACAGGAUCGCGCCGACGAGCAGCAGCACGAUCGCGAGCGUGAUGCCGACGACCGCGCCGGUCGGCAGUGAGCUCGACGAGCCCGUGCUCACGCCGCCGAUGCUGACUGGUUUCGCGUUGAUCGCGGACCCGACGGGGAUGGGCACGGCGGCGCUCGAUGGCGCCACAUUGGCGCUGUCUGUGUCGGACGCGGACGAGGCUGGGUUGGUGGCGAGUGCGGACGAGGGCGGCGUGAAUGUUGAUGUGAAUGUGGACGUGCUCGCAGCGGGAGGCGGGGACAGCGUCGUAGAUGCGGGGGGCGAAGUCGUGAUGGUAGUGGUGGAAGUGACUGGGGGAGCAGCAGGCUGUAUCGUGGUCGUGAUAGUUGGCGUCGACGCCUCUGUUGGAAUCGGACUGAAGAUUCUUGUUAUUGUAAUGGGUGCUGUAAGAGUGAAUCUGGGAGCCAAAUGUGCGUCGUUCCAGCCUUCCGAAGGGAGACGCUUCUUGUUAUACCGUGCCCGCACCGCGGGCAAACGUUUCAAAUGGUUGUGCAUACUAUAGUGAAAGGAACGUGGGGGACCGCGCCAGGGCCGACGAUCAAGAUGCUGCCUCGACGAUGAGGGGAGCGGAAGGUGGUCGAAAGAGCUCAAGAAAGAGAAGAGAAAGAAAGAGCGGAAUCAGUACCUUGUCAUUGCUUCCAGUGGCCUGGAACAGCCUAACGACAGCGAUCCAUGCCGCUCAUCAAAACAUCAACAGUUCCGACCUUGGCAACUACCUAACACUGGCAGCACUUCAAAAUCCACGCGGUGGUGACCACUUGCGACUCGUACUUGACGGCUCUACGCGCUGCAACGGAUCCGAAACGAGCACUCAGCGAUAUCAACCCAAAGGCGGUGUCAUCAAGUCGUUAUCCGGACGCAUGUAACUUCAAACCUCACACGCCCACGGUCAGUCAGUCACACUAUUCUAUGCGAGGGUCGCUAUCCCCGUCAUAAUCGCCUAAAUUGCAUUGCUGGUAUUGCCUGCCCCUAGACAGGGUUUCUAUCUCCCCCCGAACUAAUUGCAAUCUUGCUCCCGACUCGCCUAUGUCGGUCUAAUCAACAAAAAAAUUCCGGUUGCUAGCUCUUCACUGUGUUAUCUUCGCUGGCAGUAGUGUCCUCAAGGGUGAGGCCUCGGCGACAUUGCCUACCAGACAUCCGCCCUACAUCCAUCCUGCCAAACUCUGAACUAGCUUCUCACGAUCAUCCCCGCUCAGC